UGCUGACGAAGGGUGCAUCAGAAUUUUUGUGAUCGCUCGCACUUGUGAUUGUACAAAUUUCCGAACACCACUAUCACCGCGGUACAAGAAAAGAAAAACGCCACGACAGGAACAAAAGAUAAGUGCCCUCGCGAGUGUAGUAGCUGAUUACUCUCCAGACACUAUAGGGUGCAAGUAUCUCGUCAGCACCAUCAAGGCGUAUCCCUUCCCGCGGGUGUUCAAAGUAGAUUGGGAAGAAAUUUUCCACGCCACAACGCCAAGGUCCAGGAGUUUGACGAAUAGAGGAAAAACUACACCACCAUCAUGGAAACCAACGGAACCAGUGAAGAACAGCAGCAGCAACAGCAAACGGGCCAGCAGCAACCUCCGCUAUUCGACAAUGUCGACAUCACUUCGCCAGACGACGAGAACGAGAACGAUAUCUUCGAAUCCGCGAUCCAGGAACCACUGUCGCCCGUACUGGAGGAUGUCCCAACGGACGAAUCCGGGGAUGCGUUUAUCGAAAUUUCAGUCUCCGAUCCGCAGAAGGUCGGCGAUGGUAUGGGAUCCUACCUUGCCUACAAAGUCUCCACCAAAACCAACAUUCUAAAGUUCAAAAAGCGCCAAUUCUUCACGAUGCGUCGCUUCAGUGAUUUCCUCGGGUUGCAUGGUCUGCUGGUGAGCAAGUACCUUCGGCUGGGUCGUAUCGUUCCACCGGCUCCGGAGAAGAACAUCAUCGGAACGACGAAGGUGAGAAUGGGUAGUCAACCGCAGAGCGACCCCGGUACUGGAGUCAACCAGGAGUGGGUGGAGAACCGGCGGGCUUCGCUGGAGCGUUUCCUAAACCGCGUGGCCCAGCAUCCGAUCCUGUGUCAGGAUACUGAUUUUGUAAAUUUCCUCGAAAGCGACCUGGAACUGCCACGGGCGGUCAAUACGGCUGCCCUGAGUGGGGCGGGAGUUAUGAGGCUGUUCAAUAAGGUUGGCGAAACGGUCAAUAAGAUUACCUAUAAGAUGGAUGAAACCGAUCCGUGGUUCAAUGAUAAAAUCAACGAAGUGGAAAAUAUUGAUGCCCACAUGCAAAAGUUGCACUCGGCGCUUAAGGCGCUGGUUACUCACCGACGGGAGCUUGCUACCCUGACGGGAGGCGUGGCAAAAUCGGCUGCUCUGUUGAGUACCUGUGAGGAACAUACGGGACUUUCGCAGGCCUUAUCCCAGUUGGCUGACGUGGAAGAGAAGGUUGAACUGCUGCGAUCCGAACAGGCCAAUUCGGAUCUGUACAUCCUGUGCGAGACGAUCAAGGACUACAUUGGGUUAUUCGGCGCGAUAAAGGACGUCUUUCACGAACGGGUGAAAGUGUUCCAAAACUGGCAACAUGCGCAGAUGCAGUUGACGAAGAAGCGCGAGAAUAAGGCCAAACUGGAGCUGCAGGAGAGAAGAGACAAGCUGGAUUUUGCCCAGAAGGAGGUGGAAGAGUGGGAAGGUAAAGUACAACGCUGUCAGAAGGAGUUUGACAACAUUUCCAGUGAGAUUAAGAAGGAGAUGGAACGCUUCGAGCUGGCCCGUGCGCGAGACUUCAAAUCAACCAUCAUCAAGUAUCUGGAAGAUCAGAUGGCACAUCAGCAGCAGCAAAUGAAGUACUGGGAAGCUAUCGUGCCGGUGGCGAAAGAGAUUGCCUGAGACGAGCUGAACGCAGCGAAUACCAUUUGUACUGACGAUGAAAACAAUAGUAGAAAGCUGACAAACACCCUGCGUCUCUCGAUCAACUUGGCCGACGCCAAUGCAAGAAUUUCGUAGAUUUCUCCUUUGUUCGGAACUCGCACCCUCUCAUCAUCAAAAGUAGAGCAAAGCAAAUAUAAGAAGCAUAUUAGCAAAUAGGAACAAAAGAGUCAGUGAGAGUAGGACAACACAUUCAUCCUUUUUUUUUGUAUCGUUAUAAGUGAACUCAUUAUACUAUACCAAUCGCGGUAUAGCAACGUAGAUCUUCAGCUUACUUUCGGAUAGCAGAGCUCGUUCUAAACGAAACGACCAAUGUUGAAACGUUUAUUUUUCUCUAUAUUGUAAACAGCGUUUUUUUUUUUUUUUUUGUAAAUAAUCACCUUUACCUGAUUCUCGAACAGCUCUGUGCACAUGUGGUUGCAGACCAAAUGCAGGACAUAUCAAGCAAACUGCUCUGAUAUAAUCGUGUCGAGAUCUAGAAUGUACAUAGAUAUACCGAAUAUGUAUUGUGGAUUGAAAUUAUUGCAGCAUGACAAGCUCGGUUUGAAUUUAAUACACGAUUGAACCCGCGAUAAUAAUUGGCUUUGUUUUGUGCACUUCCCUCGAAUAGAAUUCAUUCAAAUUUAGACAAAUGUAUCGUUGAACGAUUGAAAAUAAGUGUAGCAACUGUCAGACGAGCUCUAUUCUUGAUUGAUUAUGUAUUAUUAUUUGUUGAAUCACAACCAGUCUGCAAAAGUUCAUUGUUUGAAAUAGUGUGCAUACAUCAAUCGUUAUUGGCGAAAAUCAUUGAACAGAAUUUUUAAACAUAACAGAAAUUUUAUAUCCCUUGAAGUAUUGGAAAUAAUCAAACCUCUCGCAGUGUUGAGCGAAUGAACAGACCAUAGCUUGUGUAGAAUAAUAGAUCUAGAUCAAGUGAUAUCUGUGGACAUCAAUAAUAAGCCGUUUUACACAAUUUUAUGCUUGCAUUUAUGAUCUCGAUCUGCAUUCUUUAAUACUUUAGCGCCAACAAUGGGUUGCAUGAAUCAUUGCGUCCGAGCUGAACAAUCACCCCUACUAUAAUAGCAGGAAGUAAACACUACAGCGCAUAACGAAA